AAAAGACGGCAAAAAUCCCGUAACUGAUUUAUUUAUACGAACAAGCAAACAACUGAAUUUGAACUGAAAAUUCUCCACUUUUUAUUUCUUUUUCUCAUUCUUGUUUUCCAAUUCAAUGCUUAGCCAUCAAAGUUUCCACAUUCAGACAACAAACAACUACAACUACGUUAGCGUUUCCGACAACGAUGAUGAGGUUGACCCCACAACCUUUUUUAUUCCCUCAUUUGAUGAUUUUGACCCGGGCCCCGAUUCCGGAUCCGAUCGACCCGCAAACCCUAAUUCCCCUUUCAAUUGCAAUGAAGAUCAAAUGGACUACGCAACCGAUUUGUUCGAUACCCGAAAUGAAGAUGUUACGGAUCAUCCCCAUGUUGUUCACAGCAAUUACAGUGCUAGGGUUUUGCCAGAGGGUGAAGAAGUAGAAUUCGGGUCUGAAGUUGAUGGGCUUCGGGUCGUAGGGGUAGAAUCCGAGUCCGAUUCAGAAGACAUGGAGGUAAAUUCGGGGGUUGUUCACCAAAUUGGUGAUCCCAGUGUGCCGGAUUUAUGGAGCUGUUUUCAGGUACAGGUAGCAAAUGGGCGGGUCAAAUUGGGUCUGAGAUGGGUUGAUGAUGAGGAUGAAGAUUUCGAGUGGGAAGAAGUUGACAGGGUUGAAAGGAGAGACAAUGUGAGUUAUCUGAUUGGUCGAAUGGAAGAAAUUUCAGUUUCUUCUGAUAUUUCUUCUAUAGAAGGAAAUUCGGGUUUGGGUGAUGGUGGAGAAGAGGAGCAGGUGAGGAAUUUAGAAUGGGAAUUUCUCGUGGCGGUUAAUAGUCUCGAAAGGACCCUUGAAUUGCACAAUGCUGUUAUAAUUGAAGAUGAUUUUGUGUUUGACAAUGUUGACUUUGUUGGAAGCGAAGAGAGGUUAAAAGGUAGUCCACCAGCAGCUAAAUCUGUACUGGAAAAUCUUCUUUUGGUGGUCGUGAGUGAUGAAGAUUUGAAAGCAAGCAAUGUAGCUUGUGCAGUUUGCAAAGAUGAGAUUUUGUUGACGGAGAAGGUGACUAGGUUGCCUUGUUCUCACUAUUACCAUUGUGAUUGUAUUGUGCCAUGGCUAAGUGUCCGUAAUACAUGUCCUGUUUGUCGCCACGAGUUGCCCACGGAUGAUGCUGAUUAUGAGAGGGAAAAUGGAAGGGGUGCUGGUCCUGCACUUAUUAAUGAUUUUCAGGUUAGAUACAACUUUGAACCUGUGCUCUGACACUGUAAUUUCUGUACUCUUGACAGAGAGAGUAUAAAUCCCGUUUUAGCUGAGCAUGUUGAAACAGUUUUCAUAUCAUUUUCCUUUUUCUUCCUUACAGUUUAGUUUUGGUAGAAUAUAUGUAAAGUUGCCAACUUUUGUCUAUGAGUAUCACAUGGACAGCUAGUUUGAUUACCGUUGAAAAAUAGUGAAAAACUCUUAAUCUUAGAAUAUUCAAAGGUUAGUACUA